AGUUCCGACCAAAUCCGGGGCCGUCUGGCCUGUCACACUCGCGAGCCAUGGCGCCGCCAAUUCCUGCUGAUAAGAAGCUGGGAACACUCCAGAAAUCCGUGCCAAAGGUGCGAGUUGGCAAGGGAAAGCCUUUGCCAUAUGGAUGCAGUCAGGCCAAGAAAGGACUGAACUUCAGCAUCCUGGCGCCGGACUCGCAGGCUGUCUGGUUUGUCCUUGAAGUUCCCAGCGGACAGGAGGGCAUCACCUACGCGGGCGAGAAAGGCAAGUUCCUCCAGCUCGAGCUGCAGCCUGCGGCGCACCGCACGGGUAACACCUGGCACAUUCAGGUUGUGACGACUUUUUCUGUGGAGGGCCUACGCUACGGCUGGCACGUCGACCCGGAGGAGUUGGGCCGUGAUGGCCGUCCCACCGAGAAACCCGUGCUGGAUCCCUGCUCCCGCUGCUUGUCCUCUGGAGGUGUGGCGGCAUGGAAUCGCCGAGGCGAGGGCAUCAAGUAUGCCCCAUGGUCGGUGGUGCCAGAUUUCCGGGCAGUGGACUGCUUUGACUGGCAAGGAGUGACCUCUCCUGGCUAUGCUUUGCAAGAGCUCGUCAUCUACGAGGCACACGUGCGUAGCUUUACCAGGAACAAGGACAGCGGAGUCAGCAAGCCGGGCACCUUCCUGGGCUUUCUGGAAAAGAUCCCCCACUUGUUGAACUUGGGCAUCAACUGUGUUGAGCUGCUGCCCAUCACAGAGUUUGAUGAGACUGUGGUGCCGCUGAAGCACCCGGGCACGGGGGAAGAUCUUUGUCAGUACUGGGGUUACCAGACCUGCGCCUAUUUCGUGCCGAUGCAGCGCUUUGCCGCCGGCCCAGAGUCCUGGGCUGCCAUAGUGGAGUUCAAGACUCUUGUCCGUGAGCUCCACCGGCAUGGAAUCGAGGUGAUCCUGGAUGUGGUCUUCAACCACACCGGCGAGGGUGCUUGGGGAAUCAACAACUGGAAUUGCCUCGCAAAGGUGGCGGUGGAACACUAUUAUCUCAUGUCGAACGGCUACCACACAAACUACACUGGCUGCGGCAAUACCGUGAAUGCCAACAACCCCAACUGUUCAGAGUGGAUCUUGGAGUGCUUGCGCUACUGGGCAUUGGACAUGCAUGUGGACGGAUUCCGCUUUGACCUGGCUUCAUCCCUGACACGUGGAAGCGAUGGCCAGUGCAUGCCGGAGCCGCCCUUCAUCAAGCGCCUGGUGCAGGAUCCCUGCAUGAAAGAUGUGAAGCUGAUCGCUGAGCCCUGGGACUGUGCCUGGCCAGAUGGAUAUUUGGUGGGCCAAUUUCCAUCUUGCGGAGAGCCUCGAUGGGCGGAAUGGAAUGGCAAGUUCCGCGACACGGUGCGGGGUUUCAUCAAGGGGGAUCCUGGUUUGAAGGGCAUGAUGGCCACACGCAUUUGCGGAAGCCCGGACCUCUAUGAAGCAGACGAUCGUGCCCCCUUCCACUCCAUCAACUUCAUCACGGCACAUGAUGGGUUUACGCUUCGCGACUUGGUGUCAUACAACAAGAAGAACAACCACGUGAACAACGAGGAAAGCGGCGAAGACAACAACGUCUCUUGGAACUGUGCCCAGGAAGGCCAGGAUGGUCCAAGCAACAAUCCAGAGGUCAUGAAGCUCCGCGAUCGGCAGAUGCGCAACAUGCUGAUGGCGCUCUUCCUCUCAGCUGGAACACCCAUGGUAACAUCAGGAGAUGAGUACGGCCGCAGCCAAGGAGGGAACAACAACACCUGGUGCCAGGAUGAGUUGAACUGGUUCUCCUGGUCUGACUGCGCCAAGGAGAGCGAGGCGUUCUGCCGCUUCUUCCGCCUAACAAUUGGCCUUCGCAAGCAACACCGUGAUAUGUUUGAGCGGACCGGGUUCAUGACGCAC